AUGCUCACGAUGGAACUUAGAGGUACUUCAAGAGAACCGAGUCAUGCCAUUGCCAAUCGAAGACCAGAAAAUGGCGUGAUGAAAGGUGAAAUACGGCCUCAACAGGAUAUUACAUCACUUAGACAAAGCAUCUGGCUGAACCCAAGUUUAAUCGCGGAUUACAUACAGAUACUUUUCAAUUUCAUUAUAGGACUAAUAAUAUUGACCCUUGUUAUUAAGUUUAUAUUAAUGGUUAGAAACGAUGUUAAUUUGAAACUGGAACACGAUGUUAGAGAAGCGUUGGACAAGAUUGCUACUUGUAAAUCCAACUAUAUUAGAAACCAGUGCGACCCGCCUAUGAGGGUCCCCGCAUUAGAGGUACGUUGCAAUGAGUGGGCCGAAUGCAUGAACCAUGAAGUAGUACCUGGUUCCGACCAUCAGUGGGCCAAAGCAUGGGCUCAUACGUUGGCUGGAGUGAUAAAUGCAUUCUUUGAGGCCUUCAGUUUGCGAUCUUUCCUUUUCAUUUUAAUCAGCAUCAUAGGUAUAAUAUUUGUGGCCAAUACAAGUUUUGGGUCGUACAGAGUCUAUUUCAAUCAUAAAGAUACAAAACCUGUUCACAUUGCAUAG